GUACAAGUCCAAUAAAAUGGACAAAGCUGAGGAGAGAAGAGAGAGCCUUGUAGAUAAAGAUGCCAAAGUCGACAGCGAUGAAAGCAGUCAUGUGACUGAUAUCAUCAGCAAGGAGGUCAGAAAGCAGGCCGAGGUGGAGGGCGAGAUGGAAACCUACGAAGGCACCAUGGAUGACUACCUGGAGAUGUUUAUUCAGUUUGGCUACGUGGUGCUGUUCUCCUCCGCCUAUCCCCUCGCAGCAGUCUGGGCCUUCAUCAACAAUGUCACCGAGAUAAGAACAGACUCGUUCAAACUCUGCAAAGUGUUUCAGCGUCCUUUCUCUCAACCCACCGCCAGUAUUGGUGCAUGGCAGAUUGCCUUCCAACUGAUGGGGAUAAUAGCUGUGAUGACCAACUGUGCCCUGGUGGCCCUGUCCCUGCAUAACCAAGGUCUGCUGCCAAAGUGGGACACUGCCGACUUGGUGUUAUUGUUCGUAGGAGGCGAGCACUUAGUGUUGGCCCUGACACAAGUAUUAGGCGCCAUGGUCCCAGAUCUGCCAAGGACCGUCAGGACGGAGAUGGCCCGGAUCGAGUUCCAGGCUAGACAGGCAUGGAGGAAUGAGAGGAGCCAAGCUGCCAGAACCCACCGAGUGAAGUUAAGGCGAGCAGUUUCUUUAUUAAAUGCAACGCCAAUUUCAAUGCCACCCCUUGCAGACAGUAAAGUAGAUGGCACUACUAUGCAACACAGGACCACCAAUGUUUGAGGAAGAAAACAAUUUUUUUUGGUUUUAUUUGAUGUUCUUUUUUUUUUUUUUGGAGAAACUUUAUUUACAAGUUUCAUGUCAGUUUUUUGUUGUGUUUUCACUGCCAAAUAUGAUGAAAUGUUAAAAUAAGUAGUUUAAUUCAAAGAUAUUGUCAAAAUAAGUAAUAUUGAAAUGUGGGAUUCAUCUUAGAUACAGAUAUUUAUGGGCUAACUCAAGGCAGCUUCCUAGUGAUAUUUAAACAUUCAAGUAAUAAUGCAUUAUAUUUUUUGCUAACGUUUUAAUCUCAGUUGCUGUAAGUCUGUGGUGCCUAUAAUUUACAAACAUGAUUUUAUUUUCUAAAUAAUUGGACAAAUUGUCUUCUGUUAAGUAUAGCUGGUCACAAUUUAUUGUAUAAUUUUUCUUUAUAUCUUUAUAUAGGAAAUUAUAUUAUUGGUUUAUAUAUGCUUAUGGCAAAGUGUCAACUGUAACAAAGUAGCAGAACUGUGAUGGUCAAGUAAUUCUCGUCAAAUUACUCUUGCAGACAAUAAUUGUUCAACAAACCAGACAUGUUAUUUCCUUUCACAUUUUGUCAGCAUUCUUGUAUAAUUAAUGACUUUAAAAUGGAAAUCAUUCCAGCUGCCUUGUUGAAGUGAAAUUUCCUGGUGUUGGCUUUGAA